AUGUUCCCUAACCAGCUCCUCAGGGUGAAAGCAGCUGUUAAGUAUGCCUUGAGUGUUGGCUAUCGCCACAUUGACUGUGCUGCUAUGUAUGGCAAUGAGACUGAGAUCGGGGAGGCCCUAAAAGAGAAUGUGGGACCAGGCAAGGCGGUACCAAGGGAGGAGCUGUUUGUGACAUCCAAGCUGUGGAACACCAAACACCACCCUGAAGAUGUGGAACCUGCCCUCCGGAAGACACUGGCCGACCUCCAGCUGGAGUAUUUGGACCUGUACCUGAUGCACUGGCCUUGUGCCUUUGAGCAGGGAGACAACCCCUUCCCUAAGAAUGCGGAUGGGACGAUACGCUAUGACCCCACCCACUACAAGGAGACCUGGAAGGCUCUAGAGACACUGGUGGCCAAGGGGCUGGUGCGGGCACUGGGCCUGUCCAACUUCAACAGCCGGCAGAUCGACGAUGUGCUCAGUGUGGCCUCUGUGCGUCCAGCUGUCCUGCAGGUGGAAUGCCACCCAUACCUGGCUCAGAAGGAGCUGAUUGCUCACUGCCAUGCACGUGGUCUGGAGGUGACUGCUUAUAGCCCUCUGGGCUCCUCUGAUCGUGCUUGGCGGGAUCCUGAUGAGCCUGUCCUGCUUGAGGAUCCAGUGGUCCUGGCACUGGCUGAAAAAUAUGGCCGGUCUCCAGCUCAGGUCUUGCUCAGAUGGCAGGUCCAGAGGAAAGUGGUGUCCAUUCCCAAGAGUAUAACUCCUUCCCGAAUCCUUCAGAACAUUCAGGUGUUUGACUUCACCUUCAGCCCAGAAGAAAUGAAACAUUUAGAUGGUCUGAACAGAAACUGGCGAUAUAUUGUGCCCAAGCUUAUGGUGGAUGGGAAGUGGGUUCUGAGAGAUGCGGGGCACCCUCUGUACCCUUUUAAUGACCCAUACUGAGACCACAGCUCUCUGGCGUGCCUUCUAGCUCACCUGCUGUGAGGUCCUGAUAUCCCCAGAAAGGGAGUUAUUAAAGCUACUGGAGGAUCC